UUGCUUUUAUAAAUAAAUUUCAAGUUUAUUGUUUUCCAUUGCUUCUCAUUUCGGACACACACAUCAUAAAGUUGCGAUUAUUUUUUCACAAAUCUGGAGAGCAAAAAUUAAGUGAAAAUAUUGUAAGCAACCGUGGAAAACGGAAAGUAGUUAAUACGUGUCAUCAUCGUUUAUAACAUUUUACUCCCCGAAAUUCUUAUCAGUUUGCCGAAACAAAAGUUGUGUGGAGCAAUUCGAGUACCUCCAACGCCAAUUCAUUAAUACAUCGCAGAUAUUUUGGAGUAGCUGGAAGAGGUAAAAAGAAAUUGUUCAAACAUAUUACAUAUUAAUAGAAAUGCUAAUAAAGAGCACAAAGUGCAGUGCGGUGGGAGGCGAUCAAAACUGGAAUCAUGUAGCAAUAUUAAUAUUGUAUAUUUACUAUAUUAUUUUAGGAGAAGCAAGCGCAAAGUAUAUAUGACAAGAACUCUUGUAACUAUAAUAAUGCAAUGCAAUUCUAUUGAAGUUUUGAUGCAUUGAUGCAUACAUUUAUAUAUACUUACAUAUUUAUAUGCAUCCGUUCAUACCCUGUCAUACGUAUGUACUUAGGUGUAUAAAUAGUACAUUGCUAAUCAACCUGCAUACAAGUUGCUAAUGUCCAUAUUUUUGCUGAGUAUGCAAUGGAAUGAUGGAUGAGAUACUCAAGUGUCAUAUCUUACUAAAUUGAAAUUUGUAAAAAUUAUUUUGCAAGAUGCAAAUACAUAUUCAGUUGCAUAAACACAACAUAUGUGAGCUUUGUUUGAACUUGUUUUGAUAAUCAGUGCUUUUAGUCUACAAGUUUUAUACAAUGUUCCAAACAUUUUUCCAAAGGUCGGUGACAGAUUGUGACCUAUAUGUAAUUGCCUUAUUCUACCUACUUUAACACAAUAUUUAAUGAUUUUUAUAAUAUUUUGUUCGCCUACGUUAAUAAAAGAAGAAGGUAAUAUGCAUUAAUUUUAAGCUUUUUAUAUAAUAACAAAUAAUAAUACUAUAUCCGGACUUACAUAUGUACGUAUACAUAUAUAUAUAUAUAAACCAAAUUAUAUAUAUAUAUAUAUAAUAUUUUUUUUUCAAAUUUUUUUGGUCUAAAUUAAAUGUUAUGCGUCCUUGUGCGUUUGUUUUGCUUUUCUUAUCUCUUUCCAAAAAAAAUGUAAAGAAAUACAGUGAAAUGUUACAAAAUAAUGAGAAAAUAAACAUACAAAAAAUAAUAAUUAAAAGUUGUCAUAAUGGGGGACAUUUUUGCAAGCUGUUUACAAUUUAUGUGCAUUGUCUCGGGUUCUGCUUUGUUCAAUUCGCAUUUAGAAAUCUUAUCAGUAAAACGAGACGUGUGAAGAAAAAAAUUGUGUUUUUUUACGAGCCGUAAGUACAUUCACUUUGUAUAAAAAUGUGCACAAUUCAAAAACUAAAGCUACAUUUGAAGGAGUUUAUAUUACUGCUUAGUUGAAGUUAAUUUGAAGGAAAAAUAAAAUUAUUUUGUACUUAAACAAGCAAUGGGUGAUGAAUUUGAUGGUUGCGAGUGUGUUUGGUCGCAUGAGUACGCAAUGCAGCGACUAUUAGCGAUGAUACGGCAGAGCCAAAAUCAUUGCACAGAUACGGAAUGCGUCGAUAUAUCGGGUCGCAUACGUGAGACCACUACAACUGGCACUGGAAAUGAGGAAAAUAACUUCACUAUGGUUACAAUGUUAAUGAUCUUUGCUGUGCUUAUGUAUUUGAUACUUCCGGAAUCGAUCAUGAAAUUAACAAAUACAAAACGGCGUUCGCAAAAACAAGAUCCUAAUGGUGGUUUGCCACCACCACCGCCGCCACCGGCACCGCCUGCAGUCAAUUAAUAUUGGCGCUUCGUUUCGUGCACACUGAAAACACUAAACUUUUUGUCUAUCAACUUUAAUUCAAUACAAAUAAGUUAACACCACCUAUUCUUUCCAAGUAUAAUUCUAAAUCAUUGUUCCCUAAGGGUUUUCUGUCAGGCGAAUUUACAUUGCAACCGUUCUAAAAUUAUUAAAAGAUGCUUAUAAUGGAUUAUAAUGGGUUUAAAAACAAAUUUCUGGAAUAAUUUAAAUUAUUGUGCAAUAAAAAUUGAAAAUUAUAUAGGCAUGUGAUCUAAAUUAUUGUGCAAUUAAAAUUGAAAAUUUUAUAGGCAUGUAAUCGAUCACGCAAAGAAAAUAUAUUUAUACAACUUUUAAAUCAUUUGUAAGUUUUCAAAUAAUACUUAAACUUUUUCUGUAACUUAUGCAAACCAUUCCAUGCAAGGAUUUCUCAAAUGAAAAUUAUGAGCACCAAAUUUGCUCGCAAAUCAAUAAGAAUAUAUCUGUGUAUAUAUUAGCAUAUGUGUAUGUACAUCUACCUGUAAUAUAUUUGAUUGUGCGAAUGUAUGAGUAAUGUGAUUUAAAUGAAAAUUUGUUUGGCUCGCUCUUGGUGUAUCUUAGAAGCGUGUAUUAACAUAAAGUGUUCUUUGUGAGAAACAUAUAAUUAAAAAAAAAACUAAGACGAUUUAGCAAAUGCCACUUAUUCAAAGCGAUUAAUGUUACCACACACAUAUAUAAAUGAAUGUGCGUAUAUACAUCUGCGUAUACAUAUCUGUAUAAAUAUUUUAUUUUUGAAUAUAUAUUGCAGCUUACAUUGUAUAUCACGAACUCGAAGUAGAUAGUUGGUAAUAUUUCUUAUGUUAAAUUCAUACACAUAAUCUGAAUAAAUAAAUUUACAACUACUCACAUUAA